UUUUUUCUGUUCCAGCACCAGAGCGUCUCUCCCUCCGUCCUUCUGCCUGCUCUUUCCCUCUUUCUACCGCCCACUCCUUCCCAACCAUUGAUCCGACCACUCGCCGGCUUCUUCGCCUCAUUACAUCACCCCCUGCGCUUUUCUGCUUUUUUUCCCCCCCAAAGGUUGGAGAUAAACCCUAAACAUUUUUGGACACCCCUUCCUAAGAGAUAUUUAAAAGAAGCCCACCAUGGCGAGCACUGAGGAUAAACCGGCCAACAAGGAGAAUGCAUCCAGCUGGAAGGACUCCUUCUACAACCCGAGGACCGGCGAGGUGCUGGGUCGUACAGCCAGCAGCUGGGCCCUCAUCUUGUUGUUCUAUUUGGUGUUCUACUGUUUCCUGGCGGGCAUGUUCGCCCUGACCAUGUGGGUGAUGCUGCUCACGCUGGAUGAGCAUGUGCCCAGGUACAGAGACCGCGUUCGUUAUCCAGGGUUGGUGAUCCUUCCGAACUCGCUGGACAUCGCUUUCAACAGAUCCGACGCCGGGAAGUAUGCAGACUACGUGAAAAACCUGGAGGCCUUCCUGCAAAAGGGUUACAAUGACACCGAGCAGGAGAAGAAUCUAGACUGCCCUGUAGGCCAGCACUUCCUGCAGGACAACACCGAGGAAAUGGAAAAGAAAGUGUGCCGCUUCAAGAGGGGCUACCUGAGUCUCUGCUCCGGCCUGUCUGACACCAACUUUGGUUACUCUGAGGGGAAACCAUGUGUGCUGCUAAAACUAAACAGGAUCAUCGGUCUGAAGCCUGAGGGGAAUCCUUACAUCAACUGCACCGUCAAAAAAGAAAACCCUGUUCAGAUGCAGUAUUUCCCCAGAAACGGACGCAUUGACAAGAUGUACUUCCCUUAUUAUGGAAAGAAAGCCCAUGUGAACUACGUGCAGCCCCUGGUUGCCGUCAAGCUGCUGCUCACCAAGGAGGACUACAACAAGGAGCUGACAGUGGAGUGCAGGGUAGAGGGCUGCGACCUGUGCAACAACGACGAGAGGGAUAAGUUCCUGGGUCGUGUCACCUUCAGGAUCAAGGUGACGGAGUAAAGAGGAAAAGGCCAGUCAGAAGGAACCCCGAUGCAGAGGCUGCCCAUAUUCGUUCAAGGAAGGAAGUGUCAAAUCCCUCUCAAGACAGCAUUCGGGAUGAGGCAGAUUAGUUUGGGCUGUAGUAGGAGAGCCGGUUACACAUUGAAUGUUGCUUUGAUGACAUUAAUGACCCUUCUUUCCUUCAAGAUUCCUUGCUGACCUCUGCUAAGUUUCCAAGAGAACAAGCCACAUGCAGGCUCUGCUCCUGAUCCAUCCCCUCCACCUGUUGCACAACCCAUCAUGUUUUUGCUUUCAUUUCCAUGUGAUUAGCUAACUUACAUCCAUUGCAAGCAAGCCAUUUGGAGCUGUUGUGUUAUUGCCAACUUUUUCAUGUGUAGAUCUUCCUGCAGCCCCGGGAAGAGCGCGCCGCUGUUUUCAUCCCCCAUGAACAGCGUAUGGGCGACGCUAUUAGCGCUGGUCUUGAGGAUGAGAGAUUUUAUCUUGUUGCAUAAGUGAAGACGUAGCUCAUUUCCAGCACAUAUCAGAUCAUCACAAAGACUUCACAGGAACAUAUGUUGAUAAUCAAGUAUAGCCACUGUAUCCCUAUGUAUAUGAAACGUCAAUAACAAAGUCCCUUUCUACAUAUAAAUACAUAGUGAUCCUGACCAUAUUUAGGGAAUAAUAGCUAGAUCUUUUGUGUUGUGGCCCGCGUCGCCACAACUCAGUCUCGUGAUGUCUUUCUGUCUGCAUGUCUGUCUGUCUUUGUUUGUCUGCCUGUCUUCCUGUGUACUCACCUCUCCAUUGCAAUAGCCAACAUGUGGGUGAGCCCUCCAGGAUUAGACGAGUUGUCUCCCUGCGGCAUACUGAUGCAAGCUGAGGAGACACACACACACACACACACACACACACACACAGUAUACUGUAAAUUGCUUCUAAGGCAGAGGGACGCUGAGGGGGAAAAAAGCAUUGCAAACAUUCACUGUAAGUAUGUACUGUAUAUCUCUACGUGAUCUGUAUAUCUAUCUGGGUCUCAAAAGAUUGUUAGUUUUCUCUCUUCUUCAGCCUGUCGAUCUGAUUGUCUGCCAAUCUAUUACUCUUCAAUGUAUAUAUAUAUAAACACAAUCAACCAUAUUUACUUAAUUCACACUGUAUUUUUGUCACACAAAAAACACAAUGUCUGUGGACUGUAAAGAAAUAAUUUAAGCAGAAGAUUUACAGGAAAUGAUCUUAUUCAAAGCUAUGUUUACACAGUCUUCAAGGAACCCACAUUUGAAAGAACUUGUAACAUCUCUUCAGGGUGCCUUAAGACCUGAUGAAAUAAAUUGUGGAAUAAAAGUGAUUUUGAAGAAAA